AUGGCUCAUAUUGUCUCCCAUGGAAUCAAAUCUCUCGGUGUGUUGGGUGCAGGGCAGAUGGGAUUGGGCAUCGCGUAUGUCGCUGCUCUACGCGCUAAAGUGCCCGUACUUCUCCAUGACCGUUCCGACGAGCAGAUCAGUAAAGGUCUGAAGUUCAUGGACAAGCUGCUUGCGAAGGACGUAGCGAAGGGCAAGAUACAGGAGCUCGACGCGAAGGAGGCGAGAGACCGUAUCACCAUUAUUGACGGAGCUCGUGGUCUUACGGGUCUCCGGGAUGUAGAUAUGGUCGUCGAGGCAGUGUCAGAGAAUCUUUCUCUAAAACAGACUAUAUUCAAAUCGUUAUCUGCGGAACUGAGACCAGAUGCUAUCCUUGCUACGAAUACCUCUUCAAUAUCUAUCACGAAAAUUGCUGCGGCUACCAUCCCUGAAGGACAGACAUCGGCAUCAGAAGCAGGAAAGAAGAGCGCGUCACGUACAGUGGGGCUCCAUUUCUUCAACCCCGUACCUGUUAUGAAACUCGUUGAGAUCAUAUCUGCCCUACAAACAUCUCCAGAAACAUUGGAUACUGCACGCUCGUUUGCAAUCGCAUGCGGCAAGGAAGUGACAACUUCGCAGGACGUGCCCGGAUUUGUUUCUAACGCUCUCUUAAUGCCCUUUAUCAACGAGGCAAUCAUGUGGCUCGAGAAGGGGGUGGCAACUCGCGACGAUAUAGACAAGACUCUGAGACUUGGCAUGAACCAUCCGAUGGGACCGCUGCAACUAGCCGAUUUCAUUGGUCUUGAUACUUGUCUUGCCAUUCAACAAACGCUCUACCAAGGAACCGGGGACUCUAAAUACCGCCCUAGCGUCCUUCUUGAACGAAUGGUUGACGCGCAAUGGUAUGGAAAGAAGAACGGAAAGGGCUUCUACGAGUACAAGAACGAAUAG